AUGGAGGACGACGACGCCACGAUCAUGCGCGACAUGGUCAUGACGUUUGUGUUUGCCGGGAAGGACUCGACGGCCCAUAGUAUGGCCUGGUUUGUUGUCAAUAUGAACCGAUACCCCAACGUGCUGCAGAAGAUCCGGGACGAGAUGCAGGAAAAAGUGCCUGGACUGUUAGAUGGGACCAUCAGAGUGCCAACGCACCAGCAAAUUCACGAUCUCGUCUACCUGGAAGCUGCACUGAAGGAGAACAUUCGGCUAUACCCGUCCACGGUGGACGCAAUACAACAACGUGGGGGGGAGGACGCGCUCGAGUAUAAGCCCGAGCGCAUGAUGGACCCCGAGACGGGCAAAUUGCGCGUGUUCUCGCCCUACGUCUUCAGUGCGUUUGGGUCAGGUCAACACGUCUGCAUUGGCGAGCGGUUCGCCAUGAUGGAGAUCAAACUGGCAAUGGCGACGCUUUUCAGCAAGUUUGACAUCAAGACGGUCGCCGAUCCCUGGACGCUCACGUACGAGUUUGCCCUCACGAUUCCAGUGAAGGGGCCGAUGGAUGUAAAGGUGACACCGUUGACGUCCAUAGCGCCCGUCAAUUGA